UCUUCACCUUUGUUGCUUUUUGUUUUAGAUAUCUGUGCUUAUCUAUUUUAAUUUGUGAUAAAAAGAUAGUAAGCUCCACCAGUUUGCUUGGAAUUAAAUUUGACACCCUUUAUAUUCUGAAAAUAUUCAGCUUGAAUUGGUACCAAAUUGAUGACUCUAAUGAAGGACUUUAACGCAGCUUGCCAAAAUUAUCCUACUUUCUCACCUUUCAUCAAGUCAUUUACUUCUACUAAUUAUGCCAGUCGCUGUAUCGACAAUAUGUGACAUUAUCUUUAAAUUUAGGAAGGUCAAAAUUCUAAAUGGCGUUAACAAAUUGUUUUCCACUCUAUUUUCAUCCACAAUCCAAAAGCGCUUAUUUAACUUACAUAUCAGCUACAUAAAUGCAGUUUUAUGGGACACAAAAAGAGGCUUGAAUCUCUGAGCAAGAAAUUAACCCAAAGUAAUCAGUUUCAACCAUUGGUUUCUGAUCUUGAAUUGACUCUUUUCAUUUGAAAAAGAUUUCAAAAACAACUUCACCAUGCCCUUGCAAGCAUUUAAAAGAAGGAGAUUGACCUUAAGGAGCUGAAUGAAACAGCCAACAGGCACAGAAAAAGCAAAAAAUAUUGAAAACUGGGCUGAGUAUAAUCAGGUCAGAGAAGAAGUUGAUUAACUUCUUGGACAUCUGAAUGCAAAAAAAGAAGCAGUUAAAAUUAAAUACAAUCCUUUAUUGUUUGUCCAAAGUAGUGAUGUAAAUCCUAAACAAUCCAAUCAAUAGGAUCUUCAAAUUUCCUCUGUGAAAAUAUACAAUGUCUCAACAAAAAGCUUCAUUCAGACAAAUCAUCAUUUGUUUAGUCAUAUUUUUUGGAUUCCAUUGGUUUGCUCGUAAUGGAUAUGAUACUUUUGCUCAUACAAUUGCUCAUCUAGGAUUUUUCUUCUUGGCACUUUAUCUCUCAUGGCAUUUGUCAAAAUUCAUCUCUUUGACUGAAGUUAAAACAGAACCCAAUGAUAAAGCUGUUCUGAUAACAGGCUGUGAUACUGGUUUUGGGAACAUUUUUGCUAAACAAUUGAGUAAUCUUGGUUAUCAAGUUUUUGCGGGAGUUUUGUUCCCUGAUCGUGAAGCAGCUCAAAGUCUAGAAAAAUAUGGACCAAAUUUGCAUAUCAUUAAAAUGGAUGUUACAAAUAAUAAUGAUAUUCAAGCUGCUAAAGAUUUUGUGAUAAACAAUCUCAAACCAAAUCGAAAAUUAUGGGCGAUUGUCAAUAAUGCUGGAAUUGGUGGAUUCAGUGCAAUUGAAUGGGGUUCAGACAGCCUUAAAGAAAAUUUUCAUGAUCUAUUUGACGUUAACACAUUUGGGGUUGUUAGGGUGACUCGAUCUUUCUUGCCAUUGCUUCGACAAACUAAAAAUUCUCGAGUUGUCAUUGUUGGAUCAUUAGCUGGUCAAGUCACGUUUCCAGGGUUGACUCCAUACUCAAUGAGUAAACAUGCUGUUCGUGCUUUCGGAGACGGACUCAGAAGAGAGAUAUCUUAUUAUGGAAUCAAUGUUUCAAUAAUUGAACCUAAUAUGUAUGCGACAAGAAUCACUGACAAUGAGUUUAUUUCCAACGUUUCUCGUGAUGCCUGGUCAAAAUCUCCUGCUCAUUUACGAGCAGAACUUGGUGAACAAGAGUAUCAACGAUUUAUGCAUUGUCAAACAUAUCUAAAUUGCUUGAAAAGAACCAAUAUUCAAGAAGUAAUUGAUGCUCUACUGUCAAGUGUGACUACUGAAAAUCCACGAGUUUAUUACAAAGUUGGUGGUUAUACCGAUAAAGUGUGGCUUCAUUUGUUUUCACUUUUGCCAAUUGAAAUUCAAGACAUUUACUGUGAUAAAGUUUACCUCAAUUCUAUCAUAAAGCUGGUUCAAAAUCAAUCGUGAUUGGUUUUUUUGGCUAAGCCGUUUUUGAGCUAAAUCUCAAGCAUUGCGGAUUUUAAAUUUUGUCAUAUUCAAAAUUUGUUGAGGUGGAUUCUGAUAAUAUCCUCUUAAUUGAUCUACUAAUGCUGCUAAAUCAUUAAAUUCAUAGGAGCAAAUGAUGGAACUCGCUUCAGCAACUUCUUCAGAAACUUCAAAUUAUCAAUUUAUCUGAUGCUUACCGUGGCAUUUUGUUGGACUUUAUCAUAACCUUUGUUAACAUCCUAUGCUCAAGAAAAUGGAUGAUUAAUAAAUAAAACAUCAUCUGUAAAUUAUAA